AUGUCUACAGAACCCUACGAUAUCAUCGUCAUUGGCGGUGGUACUUCGGGUCUCGUUCUAGCAAAUCGUCUUUCCGAGGAUCCGAAUCUACGUAUAAUCGUUCUGGAAAGUGGUGAAGACCGCAGCGCAGAUCCAAAUACUCUUACUCCGGAUAACUGGACAUUUCAAACGGUUCCUCAAAAGGAAGUUCUUAGGGAUAUUAUAAAGAAUGGAAAAUUUUUGGGGAUUGAGGGAUGGGACUAUGCCGCGUAUGAGAAGGCUUUGAAGAAAUCGUAUACCCUGCAUAAGCCCUCCGGUGUGACUGAAGGCAAUGGUCCACUCCAAAUUACACUUGCUUCAUCUGAGACUCUUUGGCAGAAAGCUUGGAUUGAGGGUCUAGAGUCCGUGGGAUUCCCAAGAACUGAUCCCCUUUCUGGUCAUCUUGGCGGUCCAAAUAUCGCUCCUGAGAGUAUCGAUCCUAGAACAAAACAGAGAAGUUAUGCUGGUAAUGCAUAUUUGGAUCCAAUUCGAGGUAGACCGAACUUGACUAUUCAGACCAACACAACUAUCACUAAAGUGCUGCUUGAAAAAUCUUCAUCGGCCAGUGAUGCUAUUGCUACGGGCGUGGAGUUCGCCUCUAAAGAUGACUCUUCUCAAACUAUCACAGCUCGCAAAGAAGUCAUAAUUUGUGCCGGUGCCAUCAAUUCACCUCGAAUUCUUGAGCUAUCUGGGAUUGGCGACGCGGAUUUACUUCAGCGUUUGGGAAUCAAUGUUGUAAUUGACAAUCCACACGUUGGCGAAAAUCUCCAAAACCAUCUUUUCACGGGACUUACAUUUGAAGCGCGCGACGAUGUUGAAACAGUCGAUGCUAUUUUCCGUCAACAACCUGAUGCUGUGGCUGCUGCUAUGCAGGAAUAUGCCACUAAAGGGACAGGCUAUCUGAGUACCAGUAAUAUUACAACUAUGGCUCAAUUACCAUUACCUGAAUUCCACACCGAAGCCCGACGCAAAGAACUUGAUCAAUUAUUAGCUGCCUCAAAAUCCAAUUCAGAUGCUUGGCGCUCCUCACCAACCACACCCGCCUUCGCCACUGCACACGAGAGCUUCGUACGCUCCAUUAUCACAAAUCCCUCAGAAGCACUAGGAAACUAUGUUUUCGGCUCAGGCUACGCGCCCUUCGAUGCACCCAGCCCCAGCUAUCGCGCCCCAGGUAAACACAUCUCCAUCGCGAUCGAGCUUUCUCAUCCUCUUUCCCGGGGCAGCGUCCACAUAACCAGUUCCCUAUCUGAAAACACCGGCACCAACACAAGCGUCGCCAUCAACUCCUGCUACCUCACUCACCCCCUUGACAUCGAAAUUCUCUCUCGCCAACUACGUUUCACAGAAGAUAUCAUCAGUCGUGCGGAACCUCUCACGCGGCAUUUAAAACCCUUUUCUAAACGUUUUGCAGAUCUGGAUAUUGCGAAAGAAUAUGUAAGGCGGACGGUGGAUGGUGCGUAUCAUUAUACUGGGACGUGUGCGAUGAUGUCGAGGGAGAUGGGGGGGCGUAGUGGAUAG